CAGCUGGACACAGAGCUAAGUGUGUGCUCUCAGAAAGAUUAAAAAUACACAACUGAAAUGCAUUGCGCAUAGUGCUAUUUUGUGAUGCACUUCUGCGCAUUUUCGACGCAUAAUUGAUCGUCAAAUGGCCGCGACGUGACGUAUCCGGAAAGCGAGCUGCCAUUGGUCGACUACAGGGCGGGCUCUACAACACGGAAGACGACACGUACUGCAGAAAUGAAGAUCUGGAGCACGGAGCAUAUAUUCAGCUAUCCCUGGGAGACGGUGAUCAAAGCGGCGAUGAGAAAGUACCCCAAUCCCAUGAACCCCAGUGUGGUAGGAGUGGACGUCCUGGACAGGAACCUGGAUAAACAUGGCCGUCUCCACAGCCAUCGGCUGCUGAGCACCGAGUGGGGCCUGCCGAGCGUGGUGCGAGCGAUACUGGGGACAAGUCGAACCACUACUUAUAUUAAAGAACAUUCCGUUGUCGACCCUGAAGAGAAAAAAAUGGAGCUUUGCUCAACAAAUAUAACCCUCACAAAUUUAGUAUCUGUUGAUGAGAGAUUAGUUUACAGACCACAUCCUGAAAACCCAGACAUCACGGUCUUAACCCAAGAGGCAAUAAUCACAGUGAAAGGAGUCAGUUUGAGCAGCUACCUUGAGGGACUGAUGGCUCUUAGUAUGACUGCUAAUGCAAGAAAGGGAUGGGAUGCAAUUGAGUGGAUCAUUAAGAACUCAGAACGGGAGAACGUACCGUUAUGUGACAUGUGCUGAACAGCAAUAACCUCAACCAUCUCAGUAAUAAAACGGGCCAAAUGGUAAAGUGUGUGAGUGUGUGUGAGAUGGACAGCACCAGCGCUGGAAUCACAAGCGACUCGUCUGAGUCUGCACCUCUCUGUGUGUUGUACAGUAAGUGUGUGCUUCUUUUAAAGAGUGAACGUUUGAAGCACCACGGCGAAAAUCUCCUAAUCCGCAUAAAACUGCACUUUUAACGGUAAUAUAUACUAGUUGAAGUCACUGUUGAAUUACGGAAUAUUAUAUUUAAAUAUCAAGAUGCACUUCAAAUGCUCUCACUACCUCCUUUUGAGAAUCUUUGGACAUCCGUUAAGGUUAUCGGGUAAAUUAAGUGUUGUCUCUGUCAUGGGAAGCAUGUUUAACUGUGUUCUUAGUGCACAAGUCAUUUAAAAAAAUUUUUAAAUUUUGUUUUUGUUCAAAAAUAUUUAUCGAUGUUAAUAUUGCUAACUUAAAUAAUUCAGUUCACCCAAAAUGUUUACGCAUUGUUUUUGUUCCUUUUUCGUUCUUUUUUUUGUUUUUUUAUGUUACUAAUGUAGGAUCUGUUGCAAGGUGUUAUAUUUAUUUUUUUGGUGAAGAAAGAAACUUAAAGCUAAAAUUGGUUUUAGGGUUUUUUUUUUUUUUUUUUUUAACAUACCACUGUUUGUGUUAGUAUAGCAUAAUGUUAUACUGGUCAGAUUCAUUGUCACUGUUGUCCCUCACACUUGAAUGAUAUAUGAUGUAUUGAAUCAUCCCAGCACGAGUGCCAACGCACAAUUACCAGUUCAACAAGUCGUUUUUUCUUUAAAAAUUAUAUAAAAACGUGUCAUUUUCAGCAACCAUUUUUGUGCCAUGAAAAGAUAACGUCUCUUUGUAGUCCAUCUGCUCAGAAUAACGCUGUUUAAAUCGGCCAAAUCCAGAAAUCUUAGGUUUUAUAUUCUCAUUGAUCAUCAUCUUUUUUUUUUUUUUUUUUUUUUUCUUUUUUUUUUACAGAAAUAAUUUAUUUUAUUUUGCUUUAUGGGAAAUUGCAAGAAAAAACAAAACCUCAGCCUACAGUAUAAUCACUUGUAUAAAUGAAACACAUUGUUGGUUGAUUGUAGGCCUGUCACAGUUAUUCAAGCUGAAGGGAUUGAGCUGAUUUAACAGUUUAAAUUCCACACUUUAUGAAUUGAUGUUCCUUUAUCAAUAUAAUGAAGAGGGUGUGACGACAGGGAGCACGGUGGCUUAGUGGUUAGCAUGUUCGCCUCACACCUCCAGGGUCGGGGGUUCGAUUCCCACCGUGGCCCUGUGUGCGGAGUUUGCAUGUUCUCCCCGUGCUGCGGGGGUUUCCUCCGGGUACUCCGGUUUCCUCCCCCAGUCCAAAGACAUGCAUGGUAGGCUGAUUGGCGUGUCUAAGGUGUCCGUAGUGUAUGAAUGGGUGUGUGAGUGUGUGUCAAGAUGGAUGUCACCCUGUCCAGGGUGUACCCCACCUUGUGCCCGAUGCUCCCUGGGAUAGGCUCCAGGUUUCCCCGUGACCCUGAAAAGAUUAAGCGCUAUAGAAGAUGGAGGGAUGAUGUUCCGACAUAUUUCGAUCAUUUUUCUUGAUCAAAAGCUUUGGCCGAUUAACUAUUUGUAACUGUUAUUUUUUUCUGUUUUAACAGAUUUUAGUUAUUAUUUACUGACAUGUCUUUCCUGUGCGUUUUACGCAGGAAUUCUGGUGUUUUCAGUGUCAGUAAAUAGCUGUGUACAGUAUAUACAUUAUUACACAACUGAUAUAAUGUUCAUGAUACAACUGGCAGAACGUCAACAGGAAAGCCCUUUAAAUUGUUUACUGCAGUCAUUUGUAUGCCAGUGAAUUCUCAAUCAAAAUGUUAUAAUUGUGACAGGCCUAGUAGCAAACUGAAGGAACAGCGCAAGUCCCUGUUGAUCAUGUGAUGGCUCAUAUUUGGUGCUAAAAAAAAAAUUUGUGUGCUUGAAACUUUUUGCUAAACACUCUUUUCUCAGUGCACUGAUGGGACGUGAACGUGAAUCUGUAUAGAUAUGUGUCCUGGUGUAGAUUGUAUUUCUUACUGUUUCUUGUUAAUUGCUAUAGUAGAUGCGGUGUGAUGAUAAAACCUAAUGGCAGCAGCAUAAAUAUAUAUAUAUAUAUAAAAAGAUGUAUGCAUGUUUUUGUUUAUUAAUUUGUUGUUGUUUUAUUUGAGCAGGGAUGUCCCAAGGCUGUUUACAGUUGUGCUAUGAACUGAAAUAUCAUGUACAAUUAUGUAAAAUGAAUCACAUAGGGCUCCAAUUAAAGAGAACACAGUUUUCUCCCCCCACUAUAUCACACUAUAUAAAUAAUUACAAGUAUUUCAACUCCAUUUUUAGUUGCCAAAUUGUUAAUCAAAGCAAUCCGCUUAUCCAGGUCUUCGCUGUGUCCGUAUUAAGACGCAAGUACAGAGGAAGAAUAUAGAGGAAUCGUUCUAAUUACGCUUGAGCUGUCAAAAACACAUGAGCAAAUUAAAAUGUGCACAUUUUGUGCAAACUUCAUAGAGCCUUGACGUUAUUUACUGCGCAAUCUUUAUUAAGCACUCUUGCUUGAACUACACUAUAUGGAUAAAAGUUUGUGGACACUUGACUAUAAGACCCAUAUGUCCUGUGAGGAUUUGCUCAUUCAGCCACAAGAGCAUUAGUGAUGUAACGCGAGAAGGCCUGGGGUUCAGCCUGCUUUCUAAUUCAUCUCAAAGGUGUUCAGUGGGGUUGAGGUCAGGGUUCUGUGCAGGCCACUCGAGUUCUUCUACUCUAACCUUGGCAAACCAUGUCUUCAUGGAGUUUGCUUCGUGCACAGGGGGAUUGUCAUGAUGGAGCAUGUUUGCGCUUCUUAGUUCAAGGGAAAUUGUAAUGCUAAAACAUACAAAGAUAUUCCAGACAGUUAUGCGCUUCCAACUUUGUGGCAACAGUUUGGGGGAAAAACCACACACGAGUGCAGUGGUCAGGUGUCCACAUACUUUUGGCCAUAUAGUGUAUUUUAAGAUCUUGCUUCUAACAGUAGAGUGUCUGUCUUUGUCUUUGUAAAUUGUUUUUUUUUUUCAUGAUACAUGAUGUUUCUGAAAAUUUUGUUAUCCACAGUUUAACCCCUUAUCACACUGGUUCAGAUUUAUUUAUUUAUUUAUCAUCUGUACGUCCACUCCAGUUUGCUGAUGUUUUCGAUUUUGGUGUUAAUGAGAACAGUAAAUUGUACCUUGUACCAAAACUAUUGGUACCAAUUGUACCAGUCAUUUUUAUCAUUGGAUUCUAAACAUUUCUCGUUUUACGUGUCCGUCUUCUGUUCGUAAAUUGUUCUAAGGCAAUGGUCACCAACUCUGUUCCUGGAGACUUUAGCUCCAAGCAGAACUGUGCCCACCUGACCAGCUUAAUCAUUGCCUUAAGAAGUUCUUGAUCAACUAAAACAGGUGUGUUAGAUUUUGGUUGGAGAUGAAAACGUCAACAAAGGUCUAGAACUCUAGGAAGAAGGUUGGUGACCACUGUACUAUAGUGUGACUUUUUCUUCUGAAGUGUUUCUCACACAUUUACCAUACCAGUGUCCUGAGCGUAGUUUUUAAAUUCUGUACUAGUGAUAAAGGGGUGAGUUCUAUUGCGUUCUCGAGACUGGCUUCUUCGUCAUGUGUAUGAAAGCAUCUACCAAAAUAAAGAAACAUGACCGAGUGUAAAUGUAAGUGUAAUGUGCUGGCGUAUAGAGCACGAUGGCCAGUUCAACUGCUUCAUAUCCUUCAUAUCCAUCAAGCCUUUUCAUCAUGUACUGUAUUGUGUUAAUACUAUUACAACUGCGCUUAGAGGUGAGUGUUAGUACUUCAUUGGCAGGGAAGGAGUAAUAGGCUGAAUUUUACAAACCUUAUACGUCGGCUAACGAAUGGCUUUACAGAGCAAAUCCUUGUUUGUAAACAAGGAUUUAAUAUCGGCUGAGCUUUUUAUGACUGACAAAUUCCCACAUGUAGUCCUGAAUAAGGGGAAGAAAAAAUAAAAGAAGAAAAAACUUUACAAUGUUAGAUUAGAAUGCAAACAAUUGCAGUCUUUUGUUUAAUACUGCAUGUAGCUCUUUUUCAUUAGCCUUGUACAUAAUGCUGCUGUUAAGAAAGUUGUUAAUGGUGUUUUAUUUAUUUUGAUAUGAACCAGCAUGGUAAUAUUAUCUUGUAAUUUUAUUUAGAUCAAUUUAAAUAAAAUUGUACCCUAUUCAAAAGUGUGACUAUUCUGUAAAAAAAAUUUUUUUUGGGGGGGGGGAUAAAGCAUUACUUUUAUACUAUAUUUCUGUGAUUAGAAUAUAUGAGAUGCCACCAGAUGGCAGUAAAACACUACACAGAAAUAAAAGACCAUGGUUUAUUUUUCACCCAAUGGGAGCAGGAUGUAUUCUGGCUUGCUCUUCAAGAGUAUCAGUGUUUGCAUAACUGAACACAAGUGGGAUAUUGCAUUAAAAAAAAAAGAAGAAGAA